AGCGAUGUGUAGAGCGCACAUUAAGGAGAAAGACGAAUAUAAUGAUAUAUCGCAGAUUUUGGAGAGGCCUGGCAGGUAUCAAGCAUGGCAGUACUUUCUUGCGUGUGUACCAGCGAUUUUCGUGUCCAUGAUCAGUGUAAAUUUUGUUUUUGUAGCGGGAGAUGUGAACUAUCGGUGUCGUGUUCCCGAAUGUGAUUCCAAAGAGCCAGUACUCUCUCCAACUUGGUGGCCUAAUCCGGAUAUCGACAGAUGCUACCGGCCCCUGAUCAAGCACACUUCACUAAGCUCUAUCUGCACUAACGACAGUUUUGUGAACACAACCGAAAAGUGUAGUGAUUGGGUGUACGAGAAUAAUGAUACUAUUGUAGCUGAGUUGAAUCUCGCUUGUGAGCCGUGGAAGGUGAGCUUUGUGGGUACAGCACAUGGGAUCGGCAUGAUCAUCUCCAUGUUAGCAUCGGGAUGGAUGUGUGACAGAUUUGGCCGCAAACCCACAUUGAUAGUAUGCACCUUGGGAUGUUUGAUAGGGAACUUCAAGGUCCUGGCUACAUCUUACAAUGUGUACAUUGUGCUGGAGUUUUUGGAGGGCGCUAUUACCACUGGCGCAUAUACCGCGGCUACAGUAAUAAUGUCAGAGAACAGCAGCAAGAAGACUAGAAUAGUAGCUGGUGUACUCUUCGCUUACGCCAUCUACAUGGGAGAAGCGGUGCUAGCCUGCAUAGCCAUGUUCGUCUCCAAUUGGAAGAACAUCUUGUAUAUUAUAUGCUCUCCUCCAAUCCUCUUCACGUUCAACAUCUUCUUCCUCAACGAGAGCCCGCGAUGGCAGAUACUAAACGGCAGAAUCAAGGAGGCCAAGGAAUCGUUGAAGCGGAUGGUUAAAAUGAAUAACUUAGGGAUAGAACCGCAAGUAAUCGAUAGGAUAAGCGAAGAAAAUCUCAAAAAUGUAUUCGGUUUGAACAACAACGUAACCUCUGAGGGAUUUCGGGAGGUCAUACGUUCAAAGGAGAUCAUGAAAAGGCUCGUGGCUGGGGUGGUAUGGAGACUGGCAGUGAGCUUUAUAUACUACAGCAUGCUGGUCAACUCAGUAUUCCUACCGGGUGAUAAAUAUACCACUUUCUUGAUGACAGCACUCGCAUCCUUCCCUGGUGAGCUGAUCUCUAUUUACUUGAUGAACAAAAUUGGAAGACGAAAACCUCUUCAGUGUGGAUUUUUGCUGUGCGGUAUAAACUGCAUUGCCAUUGCAUUUGUUCCUCCAAGUUUUAGAUGGAUAAAAAUAACAUUGUUCCUAAUAGGGAAGCUCAUAGUGUCAGCUAUCUACACUGGGUCUGUGGUAUACACUGUGGAGCUGUUCCCGACGAGUGUACGUGGUUCGUGCAUCGGGAUCUGUACCCUGGCAUCGUGUGGCGGUACCAUGCUGGCACCGUUAACGCCUGCUUUGGAUCUCGUAUCACCAGUACUCGGUGCAUUUAUUUACGCGUUCCUUGCCAUCACUGCUAGCGCGUUGUUCUUCAUAACACCUGAAACAAGAGACUCAACAUUAUACGACACCAUUGAACAGAUUACAAUUAGUAGCCAUACAAGAAAGCAGCAGAAGAAACAUGAAAACAAUAGUCAAUCGUAA